AGUGGACGCUGGUCCUUAGCCACCCCCGCCUAUCCAGAUAAGGCGCCACGGCCACCUGCCGUCCAAAGCUGUUACCUGCCACCAAUGGAGACCACCGCCUCAUGGCGCCUCCUCCCGGCCGCGUCCUCGCCGCGUCCCUCCCUGCUCCAAGCCAGACGGCAGGCGUCCUUCCCUUCGUCUCUUGAACAGCCGGCGAUCUCCAAGUCCAGGAUCCUCUGCCUUCUCCAUGACAAGCCUGCGCCUACCGCCCAGAGCUCGCAGCUGCAGAAGCUGGCCUCCGUGUUGCAGUGCGGCGCCGUCUGGGCAGCAGUCCAGGCCCCCGCUGCUCUGGCGACGGUGAGCGGGGAGGAGGACCUCGACCUCCUGGGGAUCCUGCCGCCGGUGGCCGCGAUCGCCUUCGUCUACCUCUUCGUUGCUCCCCCGAUUAUCAUGAACUGGAUGAGGCUGAGGUGGUUCAAGCGCAAGUUCGUCGAGACGUACCUGCAGUUCAUGUUCACUUACCUCUUCUUCCCCGGGUUGAUGCUGUGGGCACCGUUCGUCAACUUCAGAAAGUUCCCAAGGGAUAAAACCAUGAAGUAUCCUUGGUCAAAACCCAAGGAAGGCACCCCGCUGUUCAAGGACAGAUACCCACAAAUUGACUCCUUCAGAGAGAAGUACUACUAGUAUAUACAUACGUACUGUAAAAUACAGUGGAUGAUCAGGAGCGACGUUUCUUUUACAGAUCGAUGUGCCUCUGUAACAUAUAUUUUUCACAUGUUCUAUUUGGAUGCCCCAAGCAUAUUCUAGGGCCCGCCAUGAGUGCGUAAAGGAAAAUCUAGGGGAAUGGUCAUAAUCACCGUU